GAGCCGAGAGGUCCAGUCGGUCGCCGGGCCUGUGGAAGAUGGACUCCCUAGGGCUGCCGGAGAAGGCAGAACUGUUGCUGGGGUCGAGGCUCGGGGUCGGCGUGGCCGGCGUGGCCGGCUGCUUUCGGAAGGAACGCAGCACCCCCAGCAUGGAGCGCUGGCGGGGCCGCCUGGCGCUGGUGACGGGGGCCUCCGGCGGCAUCGGGGCGGCCGUGGCCCGAGCCCUGGUGCAGCGCGGACUGAAGGUGGUGGGGUGCGCCCGCACCGUGAGCAACAUCGAGAAACUGGCGGCUGAGUGUCAGAGUGCUGGCUACCCAGGGACUCUGGUCCCCUACAAAUGUGACCUGUCCCAUGAGGAAGACAUUCUGUCCAUGUUCUCAGCUGUCCGAACUCAACACAAGGGUGUGGAUAUCUGCAUCAACAAUGCUGGCCUGGCCCGGCCUGAGCCCCUACUCAGUGGCCACACCAGUGGUUGGAAAGAUAUGCUGAAUGUGAAUGUGUUGGCCGUCAGUAUCUGUACCCGGGAGGCAUACCAGUCCAUGAGGGAGAGGAGUGUGGAUGAUGGACACAUUAUCAACAUCAGCAGCAUGUCGGGUUACCGGGUGGUGGCCCAGUCUGAUGUGCAUUUCUACAGCGCAACCAAGUUUGCCAUUACGGCACUAACCGAGGGACUGCGGCAGGAGCUUCGAGAGGCCAAUACUCACAUCCGAGCCACAUGCAUCUGCCCUGGGCUGGUGGAAACAGGAUUUGCCUUCAAACUUCAUGACAAUGACCCUGUGAAAGCAGCUGAGACCUACGAGCACAUCCAGUGUCUCAAACCUGAGGAUGUAGCUGAAGCCGUCAUCUUUGUCCUCAGCACCCCACCACAUGUCCAGAUUGGAGACAUCCAGAUAAUGCCAACGGAACAGGUGACAUAGCAUCUGGUUGGGAGCCCAGCCUGGGGCAUGGACCCCUACUGCC